GUUCAGUCUCAUAGCCUCGGCGCGAGCCCGGGCGAAAGCUGAUCGACCGCUUAGCCCAGCCAUGGCGGGCUUUUUCUUUGUGCGCUUUGCUUUUGCCAGCCUGGCGCUGGCCUUGGCAAACUCCGUAUCGGGCAAAUGUGAAGGGGACGCCUGUCCCGCCACGUCGGCCUCGCUGCUGGCAAGGAAGGCGGAGGUGCGAGCUGGCGCAGUGGACACGCCCUUUGACAUCACAGAGGGCGUCGCAAAUGUGAGCAACAGCACCAAUGCAAGCUUGGCGCAGGAUAUCAAGUCGAACUUAGCGCAUGACUUGCAGGAGGCAGCCAGCAUCCCAGAUUUGGAGAACUCCACGAACUCGAGCAAGCACGGCUUCGGGACGCUCGGGUCGAACUUGGAGUUUCUGAUGCUCAAGGUGGCCCAGUUGGAGACCAUCGUUGAGCUGCAGCAGGUGGAGAUCCAUAACCUGAACGAGUGGAAGAACAAGCACAUGCAGAACGAGCACAACGUCUCGUCAAAUACUUCCGCCAUUGAGGUCCAAGCUAAAGAGGAGGAGAAAAAGCGGAAUGCUGCGGAGACCUUGAAAAAAGUUCUCCACAAGCACAACCACCAGCGGGAGAAGCGGGAGUUUGUGACUCCCAAACCGGCCCAAGACGUGGCAAAGGCCUCUCAAGAAAGUGCCUUGCUCCAGCGGCAAAAGAAGGCGAAGGCGAAGAAAACCGAGAAGUCCCUGGACUCAACUGUGACUUCCAAGAUCAUCGACGAUGUCGUGGAUGUUGCUGAGGAUGUUGGGGGCACAGUCGUAGAUGGCACAGGCAUGGUGGGUGAUGCUUUGGGGGAUGCCUACAGUGCAGCAGCGGACCAGGUCGAAUUUGUUGCCAACACGGUCAUUGACUCGGUGGAGAUGGCAGUGGACAUACUCAUCCGUGGCUUCACGGAUUGGAAUGCGGGCUGCGACGACAGCCGUUGGCCUAGCAUGAGUGUGAACUCAGAUGGACUCAGAGUUGACUGGGGGCGGCAGAAGUGCUGGGUCCGCCUCAUGGGGCAGACCUGUAACCUCUUCGAUUUCAACUUCGGCACCACCAGCCUAGAUUGGCCAGAGCCUCUCAAAACGGUUGUGGGCUUUGGCAUCGCACCCAUCAAGGCCAUGAUCAGUAUGGGCCUUGAGCUUGUGAACUGCGCUACCAUUGGCUCGCCUGUAGAGGUGAUCAAGUGCUUUGGCCUGAAGAUCAUUGAGCUGGUGCCUCCUUUGAACACCUUGAACAAGCUGAGCGACAUGAUCACCGAAUUCAUUCAGAUCUUUGCCAAAGUGGCCUCGACCGUGGUCAAGCAGGUGUUGGAAGAUGGCCAGUCCUUAGUCCAACAAGCUGCAGUGUCCAAGUUCCCAGCAGCUGGCGCGCCACCCGUCAUACACCACUCUGGCAAGAAUUUGAUGAUCAAGACCCACUCGCAGCACUUGAAUUCCAAACGCACAGCCAAAUCCAAGCCCCGGGACAUGUCGGCUCUUCAGUCAGACGCUCGUGCCCGUGCUCGCAGCUCGGGUGAUGAGGAUCCUUCAGGAGCCAUCAAUUUUGCGGUGCAUGACCAGGAUGGCAACUAUGCCACCAAGCUAAUCACGCAGUUCAACGGCAAGGAGGUUGACACCAGCUCGUGCCUGGCCUUCGCCCCCAAAAACAAAAAUGGGCAGAAUAACCAGGCCACAAAGGCUGAUUGGCAAGUCGCGAACGACGAUGACUUCAUCCAGCUUGAGCCUUGGGCGGUGCCCUGUGACAAUUCCUGGAUGAAGGACAACUGGGACAAGUGGCAGGGUUACUCCUUCUACACGUGGGAGAUGUCCAUUGAGAAGUGUGUGACUGUAACCUACUCGCUGUCCAUGCAGCCAGUGCUCGCCUUUGUGGGAGGCUUAGAAUUUGACUUGAUGCCUGCGCCUUUGGCCUCCCUGGACGACACAAUUGUCUGUUGGCCGGACAAGCAGCCCGGUGGUUUGGAUUUGAGUGUCCUUCGGACGGAGAUCAGGUCAGGAGGGGUUCUUCUCUUCAGCCGCACCCUGCGCCUGACCAAGCGCUUCGGUAGCGGCACCGACUUUGUGGCGGACAACACCUUUAUGGCACAUGAAACCUGGCGGAACCCCAUCGGCACCGCCACCGGCAUCCAUAGCAGUGAGGAUGAUCGCACCCUGGAGCCCAUGUCAAGGAAGUCAUCUCUCCUGGAGGCGAACCAGAGCAAAGCCAAGGCACCGGAAGUGGAGACGCGCUGGGAGGAGGAUGUUGAGGAUCUCUACCUGGCGUCGGCCGACUAUGGGAAGGAGUUGAACAUCACCAAGACGAGGGAACUUUACGGCACUGAGGCUGCCAAGGAGCACAGGAAGACCCUAAGCCUUCUUUCGAAGUCGGACUAUUUCGAGCUCUUCAGCUUCAAAAAUCCGGGGAUGGUGAAUUUCCAAAUCCAGGGGCUCUUGGAGGAUAACAACUUGGACCUGGCCAUGUCGAUCGGCUUCGGUCCAUUUCAGUCCCCAGAGAAGCGGAUCCGACUCAUCAACAUCGUGGAUCAGUUCUCCGUCGUGAUGACUGCCAUACCCUUUAUCUCUACGGACACCAAGCUAAAGGCACUUCAGGCGUUGCGUGAUUUCACUUCAGGGGAUGUGGAGAAGGUCGUGAAGCAGGUGCCUCCUCCGCAGCUCAUCCCUGGUAGCACCAUUGCCUUGUACCGCAAGGAUGCCAAGAAAUUCCUUCGCAUGAAUGGCGCUGACAUGGAUUCAGCAUCAUGGGACGAUCCCAAGAAUCCCCUUCCUUAUGAUUGGAGUUGGGAACGAUUUACGGUGGUGGACGCUGGAAGUGGCCAGAUUGCUUUGCACAGCUCUGUCCACAAUCGAUAUGUGAGGAUGAGUGAUGCCAAUAUGGACACGAGCGGCCAUAACGCCGCAAGCCAGCUUCCAGAUGGUUGGACUGACGAGCGCUUCACGCCAGUGUACGCCGGCAACGGAGAGAUCGGCUUGCACAACAGUCGCUUCAACAAGUACAUCCGCAUGUCACCUGAGGGUGUGGUCGAUAGCAGCGGCGCACAAGAUGCUUCAGGGCUUCCACAAGACUGGAGCUGGGAGCGUUUUCAGGUGGUGCAGGUGAAGCCCUACUUGCCGCCGGGCUCGGUGGUGGCCUUCCACAAUGCAGCCAAGAACCGUUUCCUGCGCAUGAACGACAACGCUGACAUGGACUUCAGCUCUGAGUGCAACUGGAAUGAGUUUCCUGACGGCUGGACUUGGGAGCGAUUCACGGUGGUGGAUGGUCAAAACGGGCAAGUCGCUCUUCACAACGCCCUGCACAACCGCUUCAUCAAAAUGAGCGCUGAAAACAUGGAGGAGAGCAGUGAGAAGGCUGCUGCAGAUCUUCCCGCGCCGGAUGUGUGGACUUGGGAGCGCUUUGCAGUGGUGCCGGCGGGGGGCGAAUACAUCGCCCUGCACAACACCCUUCACAACCGAUUCAUUCGCAUGACGUCCAGCGUGGUGGACAGCAGUGGUGUCACGAACGCGCAGGACUUGCCUUCUGACUGGAUUGGUGAGCGCUUCCGCGUAGUGAUAAUUUCCGACUUCAGCACGUCAGCGCAAGACUUGGCAUGGUCCUUUGAGUCGUCUGGAUGACCUGCAGGGUGGUUCGGGCUGGGGAACCUCCAAAAGUGGGGUGGUACCUUUGAAUUAUAUUAAUCACUGUCGCUGCCGCUGAUCGCAAGGAGG